UGAUUUCUAACUUGAGCUAAUGUUUGUGAUUUACGAAUUUUAUAUUUUACUAGGGAUAUAGUUAUUUUGAAUGCUCUUAUCCUUUAGCCUUAAUGCUAGUUACUUUGUUAACAUACCACCAUGUUACAUAUUAGAGUAUUCUGGAUUUGACUGCAUACUUGCCUUAACCAGUGUGCUGUAUGUUUAAAUGUAUUUUAUGUCACUAAUGAACAUCCUUUCAUUUCAGUGUGAGGACUUCUUUCAGCAUUUCUUAUGAGGCGAGACUAGUGGUGAUGAACUCCCUCAGGUUUGCUUUGUCUGGGAAAGUUUUUGUUUCUCCUUCAUUUCUGAAAGACAACUUUUCUGGAUCGAGUCCUCUUGGUUGGCAGUUUUCUCCUCCUAGCACUUUGAGUAUGUCCAUGGAUGGAGGCCAAAUUGCUGUUGGUGGCAGGAGAACUGAUGAGGCACCUGCCUUUCAUCCAUGAUGCUGACGUCACCCCAUCAUUAGUGAACCUGGCAUGCCCAGGAAGGAAAUAGAGAGAAAGAACAAUGACAAAUGGACACCAGAAGAAUGUGUGAUUGCACCAGUAUUUGAAAAGACCAAUUCACUGACUGAUGGUCUGCUGCACGUGACAAAUGACAGCAUUUUAAGGAAGGUGGAUCAAGAUGACAGCAGGCCUGCAAGGAAAACAGCAUAUGAAAAAAAGAAGGUUUCUGAUAGUGGUAGAAAAGCAAAAGGUCUGUUGCGCAAAAGCCACAUGCAGGAUGAAAUUGCCAUGCCAAGAUUAGAAAUAGACACAGUGAAAAAUCAGAACCAGGAGAAAGAAAAGAAAUGUUUUGAAGAUACUGAAAUUGUAAAAGGAGAGAAUGAUUAUCCUCAAAAGGCAAUAAAAUUGAACAAGGAAACAUUGACAAAGACCAUAUUCCAGCAUACUGGCCAGCUUAACGUUCCGGUAGCUGAAAAUACAAUGCUAAACCCUGAGCUGGAGUACGCAAAGCGAAGCAAAGAAAGACUAGAAACAGAAGUGGAAUCCUACCACUCUAGACUGGCUGCUGCCAUACACAAUCAUGAUCAAGGUCAGAUAUCACAAAGACACCUGUCACUUGCCUCCCAGAAAGCAAAAGACAAGAGGUUACGCUUGCAGGACCCAAUGAAGUUCCAUAUGGCUAAGCUGAAAAGUGACAAUGAGAUGCUUUCCCAGCAACUUUCUAAAGUGGAAAAUAAAUUCAAUAAGCUAAAAAUCAAGCUGCAUCAGACGAGAGAUGAUCUCAGAGAAAAGACUUUGAUGUUAGAACGUGUCCAGAGAGACUUACGCCAAGCAGAGUGUCAAAAGCAGGAUAUUGGACACAUGUAUCAGAACGAACAAGGCAAAGUGAAGGAAUACCUUGGAAAGCAGGAAUCCUUAGAGGAGAGGUUAUCCCAACUCCAGAGUGAAAACAUGUUGCUCCGACAGCAGCUGAAUAAUGCACAAAAUAGAGCUGACAGUAAAGAGAAGACAGUCAUUAGCAUCCAAGACCAGUUUCAGCAGAUCGUGAAAAAUCUUCAUGCUGAACAUGAGAAACAGGAUCUGAUGCUGGAGGAAAGAAGCAAGGAUUUAAGCAACAAAUUGAAUCAUUUAGAAGAGAGAAUGUGUCAGUAUGAAAAUGAGAAAGCAGAAAGACAAGCAGUUGUGAGACAACUUCGGCAAGAACUGGCUGAUAGCCUCAAAAAGCAGUCUACGUCGGAGCCGUCCCUGGAGGUCAUGUCACGUUAUCAUGCCAAGUUAGAAGUUGAGGCACGGGAUUUAAAGAACUUAUAUCAACUCACAAGUCAGUCUCAAGAAACACAGGAUCAACAUACAGAGGCCGUGAGAUAUGCUGAAAAAACACAGGAUCACAUCCAAAAGCUUGAAAUUGAAAAUGCCAAGUCACAAACUACAGUCAAAAAGCAAGCGGGCGAAAUUGAACAGCUUCAGAAAAACCUCUUAAGUAUAAGAUUGAUUGAUGAUCUUCCAGCAGAGCUGGAAACUGUAUGUUCACAAUGUCUGCACAUGAAUGCAGAAAUUCAGGUUCUUCGAGAGGAGUUAUUAUUCAUGACAAGAAUGCAAAAGAAAUGUGAAGAACUAGAGAAGAAUAACAAGAAGCUGGAGCAAAACAUAGUGAACCUCAAAAGUCACAUAGAAAUGAAUAUGACAGAGCACAGUCAAGUAGAGCAGUAUAAGCAGGAGAUUGAAGAAAGAGCGAGACAGGAGCUAGUAGAGAAAUUAAAAGAAGUCAACACGGUUUUACAGAUACAAGCAGCAUCUCAAGAAAACUUAGAGCAGGCACAAGAGGAGCAUAUUGCUUCCUUCAGAAGUCAGAUGGAACUCAGAAUGAAAGAGUUGGAAUCUGAAGUCUUCAAGAUGGAAACUUCUGAAGCAGAUUUGGAAAAAUAUAAGAAACUCUACCUCGAAGAACUAAAAGUUAGGAAGUCAUUGGAAAAGAAGCUAGACAAGACUAAUUGGAGGCUGGCAGAGAUGAGCACCGAACUUGAGGUGGAGAAACAGCAGAACAGGUCUUUACUGAGCACUCUCACCCCGAGGCCAGUCCUGGAGCCGCCCUUGCAUUGGAAAUUUCCAUAAUACUUCAUAUGACUCUUUCUCCAAAAACAAACGUAGGAUUUUCUACCUCAAUUCCAUGCCCUUCAAAUAACAGCAUGGCAACUUACUUGAUCAAGUUUAGUUCUACUAUCUUUUUUUCCUUGGGUUUAGGAUUUCUGAUAUGAAUGAUUCUUAUUUUCAACUUCUGAGCUGUUUAUUUGACUUAUGUGCACUAAGUAAAAGCCAUAAUUAUCUGUGCUUACAAGGAGACAAAAAUUUUAUGGGUUUUUUUGUCCUAGAUUUCUAUUUUUAAGAGAUACUUAUUAAUUUCUUAAAUUUCUUGAAAAGCUGCAUUUAAAUUCUACUUUAGAAAUGAAAUCUUAUUGCCUAGUAACCGAACAUAUACUUUCAGAUAUUUGACCUCCUUUCUAAUUGAUUUCACCUUGGCAAGUGUUCAUAAUCAUCUCCAAGCUCUGCUGAACCCACUGCAGUUUUUCUACCCCUAAGCAUAAGUGAAUGACUGGCAUUGAAACACUAACCAUAUAUGGAUGUUUUUGUAUUUGAAGGAAUCCUAGAUAAAUCCUUUUUAUGAAUUAAACAAACUUGUAGCACUAUAUCAGAAGAUUAAUUUCUAGCUUUCGGUCAAUAUUUUGGUCAUUUUCUUACACAAGAAUGCAUCUUUAAUCGCUAUUUUACAUAUAGCCUUGUUACUUAAAUUUCUAAAAAAUAUUUUCUGAGCAAUUGUAGAACAUUUCUAAGUUUGUAGUCAAAGCAAACAUUAAAAAAUUUUAAAUGAAGCUCACUUUUGUCUCUAUCUCAA